AUGGCAGGGAAGGGAGCUCAGAAGAUCACUGGUUUCAACCUUUCAAUUAUCCUGGCUCUCUGUUUAGGCAGUUUGACCUAUGGAUAUGCAUUCAGCGUUACAUCUACCACUCUUGGCCAGCAAAGCUGGUUCGACUAUUUCGAUCUCACCCAGGACAAGAAGGAUGCCGAUCGAUAUGCGUACACCAACCGAAUCAUCGGUGCGAUGAACGCGUGUUUCGGUGUGGGCGGCUUCUUGGGAGCUAUCUUCAUCGGGUGGGCUUGUGACAGAUUUGGACGCAAAGUGUCUCUUAUGAUUGCAACCCCCAUUGCCAUUCUCGGUGGUGCUUUGCAAGGUGGUGCGGCGCACAUCGCCAUGUUUCUCAUCGGCCGUAUCCUCGGAGGCUUCUCUGUUGGUAUCCUCAUCGUGCUCGUGCCUCUUUUCCAAUCCGAAAUUGCACCUCCUGCAAGCCGUGGAUUUUUAGUGUCGCAGCACGGUGUCGUUGUCGUUACGGGUUAUGCGAUCGCAGCUUGGAUCGGUGUGGCUUGCUAUUUCUCGACGAACCAUGCCUUCCAGUGGCGGUUCCCCCUCAGUAUUCAGUCGCUAUGGCCGUUGAUCAUGUUGAUACUCUCCCCGUUCCUACCGGAAUCACCGCGAUGGCUCUUGAUGAAGGAUCGCAACGACGAGGCAUGGCAAACGGUGCUCAAGCUCCACUCCAGCGGCAUAGAAGACAAUUCAGACUCCACGGCUUUUGCCAAAGAAGAAUUUUACCAGAUGACGAUGCAGGCCCUCCUACCGCAAGAGAAUGCUGUGCGCGUUCAUGACCAUGUUUGGCACAGAGUCAACUGGGAUUUUGGUGAUUUACAAUCAGACUACAGUGUUCUGCUUUACCAGGGCCUCGGAUUUACAGUCACACUGUCCUUGAUUCUCGCCGCUUGCUACGUGACGGUUGCAGCUAUCGGUAACUACAUCAACUCUGUUUUGAUCGACCAUGUUGGUAGACGAUUGUUGCUGGUCGUCGGCAUGACUGGAUGCUUGAUCAGCACAUGCUGUUUGGCCGCAAUGACAGCCCAAUACACCGGCACCGACAACGAGGCAGGGCUCCGCGCUGGUGUCUUUUUCAUGUUUCUCUUUGUUGGAUUCUACGGUUGCUGCUUGGAUGCAACGAGCUAUGUCUUCUGCGCCGAGAUAUUCCCGACCCACAUCCGUGCGAGGGGCCUGGGCUUUGGCGUUGCCAUCUUGUUCCUCACCGUGAUCGUGUAUCUGGAGGCUGCACCCACGGCGUUUGCGGAGGUCGGGUGGAAGUAUUACCUGUUGUUCAUCAUUCUUACUGCGAUCAACGUCCCUAUCGUCUGGUACCUGUUUCCGGAGACGACGGGCCUGACACUGGAGGAGAUUGGCGAGAAGUUUGGCGACGAGGUUGCGGUCUACAUCACUGGGCUUACUGACGACCAGAAGGCCGAGCUGGACCAGCGCAUUGUCAUCGAGAAGGAGGGUGGAAACGCAGCCGCAGCUCAUGUGGAGGAGAAGCGGCAGGACGGCGGGUCAGGAUCAAGCGGUGAUAUUGAGAUGAGGUCUGGCACCGUGGUCUAG